AUGAGGUUCUCAACACGAUACCUUAUUGGUGGUACCCUUACAGUCUAUGUUAUCACCACUGCUAUAAUGUUGGUUUCUUUUUUCAAGAAGCACAGCUGUGAUAAUAUCUAUCCAUAUGAUGCGCUGUCAGUUGACAGACUUGAUUAUUCGCUGUUUGAAUUUGUCUCCAUCUCUCAAGUACUUAGGUCGCAAAUAGAAGAAACAUUGAAAAGCGAACUGCCACCUGCAGUUGAUGACACCCUGGUUAUAUUAGACGAUCUGAAGGCUUUGAACAAUGUGAUGCAUCAGAUGGAGAGGCAUGUUGACGAAAGAGCAGCUAGACUUGUGUUAUCUCAACCAGUUAUAAAUUAUCACAAUUUCUCCUACAUUCAUAAUCCUACAUAUUAUUGCACGGAAAGCCAGAUUAAUGUUAUUCUUAUUAUUCCAUCGGCCACAACUAAUUUUGAAAAGCGUAUGGCAGCAAGACGAGGAAACAAACGAGAUUACGUUCUUAAUGUUGAAAACAGAGCUAAAUUGUUAUUUUUUCUUGGAUCACCUUCUAGAGGAGGAAACAUUCAUACAGUCCAGAAAAAUAUUGAUCAAGAAAUGAAGGAGUUUGGCGAUAUUGUGCAAGAAGACUUUGAAGACAGCUAUAAGAACAACAGACUAAAAUCUGUGUCUAUGCUACGAUGGGUGAGCACCUAUUGUUCUACUGCCAAAUUUGUUCUCAGAACAGAUGAUGAUAUUGAAGUCAAUGUUUCUGCAUUGAUAUCCGUACUGCAUCGGACCUCUCACAGUUUAAACAAUUUUAUUAUUGGAAUGAAACGGACUAAAGACCCACCUAGGCGAGACAACAGUAAAUAUUACAUCUCUGAACAAGAAUAUCCAUAUCCAGUGUUUCCUCCUUACCUUCUUGGAGGACUGCUGGGGUACCCAGUUAGUACAGCAAGACUUCUGUAUGAAGCUGCCAUGAGAACACAACCAAUAUGGCUGGAGGAUGUGUAUAUCACUGGAAUUUGUGCAUAUAAACUGCACAUACCCAUUCUAGAGGAUCCAGAGUUUGUGUUUAAACAUGAGUAA